AUUUUGCAGGUGUUCCCCGUGUCAAUUUAAGUUUCCUUCAAAAUGAAAUCAACUCUGUUAUUCGCCUGUGCCGUAUGCGCGCUGUUAACCGCCGUGAAGAGUGGAGAACAAGACGUCGUUGUGCUGGAUGAUUCAAACUUCGACUUUCGAACGAAGGAAAUGGAUACAGUUCUGAUCAUGUUUUACGCGCCAUGGUGCGGUCAUUGCAAGCGAAUUAAACCAGAGUAUGAGAAAGCCGCCGAAAUUCUGAAAGCUGAUGAUCCUGCGAUUCCCUUGGCUAAGGUUGAUUGUACUGAAGCUGGGAAGGGGACAUGCUCACGUUUCGGAGUAAGUGGUUACCCAACUCUCAAGAUCUUCCGCAAUGGGGAAUUUUCGCAAGAAUACAACGGACCUAGGGAGCACAUGGGAAUCGUGAAGUACAUGCGUGGACAAGUCGGCCCCGCUGCGAAACCUAUUGAAUCCAUCGAAGCUCUAACCAAAUACUUGGAUAAUGACGAUGGCUCCGUUAUCGGUUAUUUUGAUUCUGAUUCGUCCCUCAAGUCAUCGUUUGAGAAGACGGCAGAUAAGCUUCGAGAGACGUUUAGAUUUGCCUUGGUUACCAAAGAGGAUGUCAUAAAGGCGAAAGGUGUUGCCAGUGGAUCCAUUGUUCUUCAUCGACCUACGCGACUCGUGAACAAGUUCGAGCCAGCCGACGUUGUUUAUUCAGGAGAAGCCGAUAAAUCAAAGAUUGAGUCGUGGAUCAAUGAAGAAUAUCACGGAUUGGUGGGCCACCGUACCCAGGAUAACUCAAAGCAGUUCCCAAAGCCUUUGAUUGUUGCGUACUACAGCGUUGACUACGUGAAGAACCCGAAGGGUACCAAUUAUUGGCGUAAUCGGGUUUUGUCCGUUGCCAAAGACUUCGAGUCUCUAAACUUUGGUGUGGCUGCAACUGAUGACUUCCAGCAUGAAUUGAAUGAAUUUGGAAUUGAGUUUGCAAAGGGAGACAAGCCAAUCAUUGCGGGUUGGAAUGAGAAGUCCCAGAAAUUUGUCAUGAGUGGCGAAUUCAGCGUUGAGAAACUGAGAGAGUGGACCCAUAAGCUCGUGGAUGGUGUUCUGGAUCCGUACAUGAAAUCCGAACCCAUUCCCGAGGGCAACUCCAAGGCCGUGAAAGUUGCCGUGGGAAAGAACUUCCAAGAAGUUGUGAUUGACAAUGGAGUGGAUACCCUGAUUGAGUUCUACGCUCCUUGGUGCGGUCAUUGCAAGAAACUCACUCCAAUCUAUGAAGAACUUGCUGAAAAGAUGAAGGAUGAAAAGGUGGCAAUUGUGAAGAUGGAUGCAACUGCCAAUGAUGUUCCUCCUCCUUUUGAUGUCCGCGGGUUCCCAACUAUCUAUUGGGCUCCCAAGAAUGCCAAGGACAAGCCUGUCAAGUACCAAGGAGGACGAGAACUCAGUGACUUCAUCGAAUACAUUGCGCAGCACUCCACUGAUGGACUGUCCAAAUCUAAGGACGAGCUUUAGGCUAUCAUGAGUGAGGCUGUACCUGUAAAGUGCGGAGACUUUUAUUUUCGCAUUGGUUUUGCCGAGUUCAGUUCGGUUUUUUAAGCGCAUGAAUUCCUUGCCUCGCCCUGUUGGCAUUAAUGUGAAGUGUCCCGUUUCUUCUGGAUUCUUUAACUAUUGAAGGACCCAAGUGCGUUCCAUAUGCAUGAAUGAUCGGUGUGAGGUUUGAACAGCGCUCAGUGAGAAGACUUCACAUUAAGGAUACUCAUGAAUUUUGUGAACCUGAUCAAUUCCAGGAAUACAUUUUGCUUUUCCCAUACUGUUGCCAUAUGAUAAUGUCAUGGAAUUUUCGUGAAUAUUAAUGGUUUAUCCUGAUGCCUUCCGUAACUUCGUGCUAAGUUGACAUCUAUUACGAGGUGAGAGCUGUUCAAGUCACCCACCCGGAGUUGCAUUGAUAACUUCUUGACAAGGAGGACUAUCCUUGGAUAGAUGGAGAGAGACGCAAGUUUCCCUUUGAAGUGAUCCUGUGGGUUUGUUGGGCGAUUAUGAAGCGUGUUGGGGAUCUAAUUGUCCAAGCACAACUGUGAUUGGGUCUUUUUCUGUGAAAUGUUUGUUCUUCACAUUGUUGUGAAUUUUGCGUUUCCCUGUCUGAUUGAAGAAGGAAAAGCCCUCAUCUCAAUUUCUUAGCUUUCAGGGGUUGUUUUUCUGAUUUUGUCUUCAGCGGAAUUGUAUCAUUUUGUGCUGGAAUGAUUCAAUUCGGGUAUCUCAUUCAAGAUUCAGAUUAUCUUUGUUGGGAGAUUAAAAGCAUACGUUGAGUUUUCAGGAA